AUGGCGGGGGGCAAUAAUCAUAAAGAGGGUAAACCACCCCCUGAUAAAAAUAAUAUUAAAGUAGUCGAUCUCACAUACAAUGAUAUGAUGAUAAAUGAAGAUGAGUCCAUAGAAAAUAAUAUUAAUUCUCAAACUCAACAUGAUAAACAGAUUUCAGAUAGAUUAAAUAGAAUUGAUUUGAAAAAUAGAUAUAAAACAAAUAGUAACGGUCCAUUUUCAGUUUUUGUGGAGCAUAAAUAUUUAAAUUUUGGUAGAUUGCAUCCUCUCAAAAUUGGUGAAAAAUUAUUCAAUCUGAAUGGCGAUGAAAAUAAUAUUGAUUUCUUGCACACAGUUGGUCGAAAUAGGGUCCAGAUUAUGUGUAAAUCCGCUAUAGGUGCCAACAAAAUAGUUGAAAAUCAGGUAUUUGAAAGUAACAAUCUUAUUGCAUAUAUUCCCUCUCAUCUUACUCAAAAAAAAGGCCUUAUCCGUAAUGUUGAUACAUCUUUCUCAGAGGAAGAAAUUUUGAAAAUUUUGAAGUCGUCAGUUCCAAUUAAGGCAGUGCAGAGGAGAUUUAAAUUUGUUCUCGAUAAGGAUGGCAAUAAAGUAAAAGUUCCUAGACAGCAGAUUAUUGUAACUUUCGAUAAUUUAGUCCUGCCACAAUUUGUUUAUAUGUACCGAUUGAGAUACGAAGUUGAUACUUGGUACUCCCCGGUCGCUCAAUGUUAUAAUUGUUUAAAUUUUGGUCAAACUGCUUCCCAGUGUAAAAGCAAAAAACGAUGCAAAACCUGUUCUAAAAUAUUAAAUGACGAGGGACUGUGUACUGAUUGUGAAAUUUUUUGUGUUCAUUGUAAAGAUAAUUCUCAUAUUUCUACUAGUAAAAAAUGUCCUAAAUAUAACAAUCAGGUUAAAAUUAAGCAGGCGAUGGCAAAUCUUAAUGUAUCCUUUAAAGAAGCCGAAAAAAUUGUAGAUAACCCUUCUUAUGCAAGCCUUGUUUCGAAAAAUAAAUUUGCUCCAUUGUCUUCAAAAACCGAUUUUCCUGAAUUACCACCGAACUAUAGAAAUCAAUCUAAUCCCCCAAAUUCAAAAACGACAUUUGUAGCCCAUCCACAUUCCAGCAAGUCUAUUCCCUCUUCCAGUGUAUAUGAAAAUUAUAAAAAACGGAAAGUCAGUGAUAGAAGUCCUUCUUUUGAACCCGUUAGCAGAGAAUUUGAUUGGUCCUAUACAGGUGCACCUUGGAUUGAGUCUCAUCAGAUAAACACUAAAAAUACUUUUGAAGGUCUAAAGGAUAAAAUAAUUGAAGAUUUAACUUGUCAAAUAAAUAAUUCAAUCAGGGGUGAGAAAUCUCCUGAUGUGGUUAGAAUUUUCGAGGAACUUGAAGACCAUUUCAAAAAAGUUUUGCCAACGAGUCCUUUACUCAAAGAGGAAGAACAAGAUGUAGCAAAAAUAAUUGCAGACAGAAAGGAAUUCGUCGUGUGUGGUGUUCACAAGAUCUGCAAUUUGCUAGAUCCAUCUAUAAGAGAUUCUGACCUCACUCCAACUGAACAGACUGAUGCAAUGGAAGACAUUUUCGAGGCUGCAAAAGUAUGA